AUGUCUGAUGUUAAAAACUUCAGCUGUCUUAUUCAUAUCAAUAUGAAGCUCAAACAGAUAAAUAAAUUAUAAACAGUCUCAUUUCGACUAUCUAAAUUUGCUGGAAUGGUUUUCCAUUUAGAACAUAUAAAAAUUUUCUAAAUUCUAAUUUAUUUCAAAUACAUAAUUUAGAAAGUUGGUUUGUGAAAAUUGUAGUGAAUAACGCGAUAAUUCUGUUUAUGUCUUUGAGUAAACAACAGCUGAAGAAUUUGAGUCAAAUUAUGUUCUUGUUCCAUUGACUAGAAGGUAACUAUUUACACAAAAUUUUUGUCAAAGUUUUUUGAGAUUGUUUAAUUUGGAUUAUUGAAAUUUCAAGAUGGUCGGCUACUCUGCUUACAACGCUCCACCUUCCGCUUGCGGAGACAAAAAAACUCAAUGUCCAGGGAAAAAUCAAGGUUCACAAAACAAAUGUCAGUCGCAGAAUCAAUGUCAAAAGCAGACUCAGAACCAAUGUCCUCCAAAAAAUAACUGUCCGGUUCAUUCAUCGAAGCCGGCCCAGCCGCAGCCAAUGUCCUAUCAAGGCGGAGCAUCACCAUCACAGAAACCACAGGCCACCCCAUGCAAAGUAUGCUCUGGGAAGGAGCCAUCAGGGGUAUCUGCUUAUGCUGCACAGCCACAAUCCCGAGGCUAUGAAGCCAGUCCGGGAUAUGGUGCCCAAAACCAGCAGUCGUCGUACAAUCAGUGCCAACAAAACAACAAGUGCCCAUCUGCAGCAGCCUAUAAUGCACCUGCAAAGCAGCCCAGCUCGUGCAAGGACUCGAGCUCCAAGUCAUCGACUCCCUGCAAGAAGCCGAAGGAGCCCAGCUGUCCGCCGCCUCCACCCGUCGAGAACGACUGCCCGGACGACGAGGACGAUGACGAGUGCGACUGCGACUGUGAAACGGCUGAUGACGAAUGCGAAGACGCAUGCGAAGAUGACCAGGCGUGUCCCGAUGGCGUCUGCUGCGAUUGCGGAGAUAACUUGGACGAUGAGGACGACGAUUGUGUGCCGGAUUGCGACGAUGACGACCAGGCCAACAACCAGGAGCUGAUGACCAUCCACAUCAGCCAGCCAAAGGGGGACGAUUGUGACCCCACCCCCAAGAAUGUGUCAUCGUGGAAGAAGCUGUGCCUGGAGGUGACUCAGUCGGGUGAGGAUGAUGAGGACGACUGUGACAAUCCUGACCAGAAGUGGAUCAAGUUGUGUUUGAAGAUCCUCAUGGACAAAAAUGGCCAGAUGUGUUUGGAACAGGAAAAGGGAUGCUGAGCUCUGCAGUAAUAAUCGUACAUAACAGUUUUAAUUUAUACUUGUAAAUUGUGAACAUAUAUCAACCACUGGAAUAAAACUUUAAAUUGUA